GAGCCGGAAAAUUCAAAUCCGAAACAUCCCACCCCAGCUGCGAUGGGAGGUUCUGGAUGGUUUGCUCGCCCAGUAUGGCACCGUAGAAAACUGCGAGCAAGUGAACACGGACAGCGAGACCGCCGUUGUCAACGUCACCUACGCCAACCGGGAGCAGACCAGGCAAGCCAUCAUGAAGCUGAACGGCCACCAGCUGGAGAACCACGCGCUCAAGGUCUCCUACAUCCCCGACGAGCAGUCCAUGCAAGGGCCGGAGAACGGGCGGCGGGGCGGCUUCGGGGCGCGCGGUGCUCCCAGGCAGGGUCCCCCCGUCACCGCGGGGGCACCGGUAAAGCAGCAGCCGGUGGAUAUCCCCCUCCGCCUCCUGGUGCCCACCCAGUACGUGGGUGCCAUCAUCGGCAAGGAAGGGGCCACCAUCAGGAACAUCACCAAGCAGACGCAGUCCAAGAUCGACGUGCACCGGAAAGAAAACGCGGGAGCCGCGGAAAAAGCCAUCAGCAUCCACUCCACCCCCGAGGGCUGCUCCGCUGCCUGCAAGAUGAUUUUGGAGAUCAUGCAGAAGGAGGCGAAGGACACCAAGACAGCUGAUGAAGUGCCUCUGAAAAUCUUGGCCCAUAACAACUUUGUGGGGCGCCUGAUCGGCAAAGAAGGGCGAAACUUGAAGAAAGUGGAGCAGGACACGGAGACAAAAAUCACCAUCUCGUCCUUGCAGGACCUGACUCUGUACAACCCCGAAAGGACCAUCACGGUGAAGGGCUCCAUCGAGAACUGCUGCAAAGCGGAGCAGGAGAUCAUGAAGAAAGUGAGGGAAGCCUACGAGAACGACGUGGCCGCCAUGAGCUUGCAAUCUCACCUCAUCCCUGGCCUUAACCUGGCUGCGGUUGGCCUCUUCCCUGCCUCCUCCAACGCAGUACCUCCUCCGCCGAGCAGCGUCUCCGGGGCCGCGCCGUACAGCUCCUUCAUGCCUCCGGAGCAGGAGACCGUGCACGUCUUCAUCCCCGCGCAGGCGGUCGGUGCCAUCAUCGGCAAGAAGGGCCAGCACAUCAAGCAGCUCUCCCGGUUCGCAAGUGCCUCUAUCAAGCCGCCGGCUCUCUCCCCCCUCCACCCUCCGGAGACGCCGGACUCCAAAGUGCGCAUGGUUGUCAUCACGGGCCCUCCGGAAGCUCAGUUCAAGGUUGCACUUGUGCUGCCGUCACCGUCGGGAAUUCGGGGUGUCCCUCUCUGCCACCCCCCAGAGCCGGGAAGGGAGGAGCAGGGUGGUGCCCCCAAUUUUGAGCCCCCCAGUCUGCGGCUGGGGAAACCCAGCAUCAGCUCUGCCAGGGGCUGA